AGAAUAUGAAACAGGAGCCAAAAUGACAUCCCGAUUUGGAAAGACCUACAGCCGGAAAGGGGGAAACGGCAGCUCCAAAUUCGACGAGGUAUUUUCCAACAAACGGACCACCCUGAGCACGAAAUGGGGAGAAACCACCUUCAUGGCCAAACUAGGACAGAAGAGGCCCAGUGUCAAAGCAGAUAUUUCUGAAGUUCCUAAAAAACCCAAAGUUGAAGAUGAGGUAACAGAGGAUCCAUUUGGAUUUGACAGCGAUGAAGAAUCUCUUCCUGUGUCUUCAAAGAAUGUGGCGCAGGCUAAAAGCUCCACUCAGCUGGAACCUGGAGAAGCUGCUCAGUCUGAGGACUUUACUCCUCUACUUGAAGCUAACAUCAGAAUUAAUCAGCCAGACAGCGGGGAGAACGUUGCAUCCAGCAAGUGCAUAUCUUUUGACAAUACUGUUCCUCUCUUAAAAGAAAAGAGCACGAGCAAAAAUGUGGAGGAUGGAGAAUGUAAAGGCAGCAGUGCUAAACCUGUAACUGCAG